CUCAAUCUCUCAAUACCACCACGAAACCUUAUCUCACUUGGACCGUUUCUUUUUCUUCCUCCCUCAGAGCUGGACAAAUCGACUCUCGCCGGGAAACCCACUUCUUUUCUCGUCCAUUCUCAUCCAGGCUCGCAGUCCAUUGACCUCCUCCGCUGAUAGGCACACACGGGCACCGCAGCAGUGGUACGCCUGUCGCGAGUCGGGUGGCCAAAGGAGCUCAAAAGUCUCGCCCCGUCCGUACCCUGGUCCUCCACUCCCUUACCGGCAUUUCUCCCCCCAUUGUCGCAACGCCAGCGAUAAGUCGAUCGGGCAAAAACAAUUGAUAUCCUCCUCUUUGUCACUUUUCCGUUAUUUUCCUACCCAGACUACAAGUCACCCAAGUCCUACGCGCAUCCCCCGUCUCUGUUGCCUAUUUGACAAAGUCUAUGGCGUCAUGAUAUCGAUACACUCUGUUCGCAACCCGGAGUGGCCGUCUGAUCUGCGCUUCAUUGAUCGCUGAUCCACAACCCUGGUGAUGGUGAGAUUCGAUACUCACAUUCCAGAACAAUCAUCACAACAGAGUACAUCUUGAAGCACCUGUCACAUCGAGAGAGGCCAUUGUCCUCGUUGCUGUUGAGACUGGGUUCUGGCAGAUUUGACCUUCGGCGAUUUUGCUUUGUGUUCCAACGCCACGAAAGGCUGGACCCUGCUUCUCAAAAUGGCCUAUACUCUCCAGGCGUUUCUCCCGACGCCGCUCACGCCUUCUAUGCCGCUAUACGGUCCGCUUCCUGAACAAAUUGAAGCCUUGCCAAUUACACCGCCGGAUAUACCCACGGGCUUUGACGAGAAGACCUUCAAACCAGACAGUCGAACGAUAAAGAAAGCCUUGCAUGUGCUCGCCACCGAACGGCAGGCACUCUCCCAUCUUGAGGAACUAUACACCAAUUCUGCCGAUGUCCAGGAUUCUCUUCUUCGAGCCAUCCGUCAGAUCAUUCUUUCAGAGACUCGGCAUGGGAAGACCAUCUUCACCGGCGUCGGGAAAUCAGGCCAUAUUGCAAAGAAGCUCGUCGCCACUUUUGUAUCGCUGGGCAUUCAUGCCAUAUUCCUUCACCCGGUUGAAGCCCUUCAUGGUGACCUGGGAGUUGUUCGGCCCUUUGAUACGGUUAUCAUGAUUACAUUUUCUGGAAGGACACCCGAACUCUUAUCUCUCCUUCCGCAUAUAGAUUCCUGUGUACCACUAAUUGUCAUGACGGCGCACCUGACUCCGACCACUUGUCCUCUCCUAUCCCAUCCAGCAAGACAAUCCUCGACGAAUAUACUUCUGCCCACUACCAUCCAUGAAUCCGAGAUCUCAUCAUUUGGUGUGUCGGCUCCAACAACCUCGACGACCAUUACUCUGGCUCUUGGUGAUAGCUUGGCGCUUGCAGUCGCGGAUGAACUUCAUGCUGCUGCCGGGCUUCAGACGCCGGCCAUUUUUGCAGCAAAUCAUCCUGGCGGCGCAAUUGGGGCUGCCUUGAAGACGUCCACUCCCACCACACCCAGAAUGUCUGAACUGGCGACUGCGGUGACUCAAGUGCCAAUUGCGGUGCCACAGCCGAACCACCCGCUCCUGUGCUUGGAUGUGCUUGUGGCCGCAGUAAGGUCACCCCGUGGUUUCGUCCGGACCUCUCAGACUCAUAUGAUAGGUCCACGAAGGAUUCAGAACCUACGAGAUCCCUCUGCACCUGUUUCAGCCAUGGAGGACGAGUGCGGCAGAAUGGAGGUGGAGAAGACCGACUGGAUCUCCGUCCUCAGCUCAACCACGGUUGAAGAGUGCAAGAGAUGGAUUUCCCAGAUGCGGGACGAGGGAUCCGGUCGCGGCAGAGAAUUCCUCAAGCGAGGCACUUUGCUCGGGAUCGUCGACCAUAACGAGGUGACCGGUGUCGUGGAGAUAGAGGAUGUCAUGGGCGAAGACUUUACUUGAUUUUCCCCCAUGGCUGUCUCACGUUCUGUUUGAGGGAAAUCUUGAUAUAACCUUAUAGAGUUUCUACACAAGGGCGGCCAGCAAGUGAUGAUUGAAUGUCGAUGUUGCAUGUUCCUAGUUUGGCAGCAUUAUGAGCUUCACGAAUACCACUCGUCUUCUUCCUCC